GUAACGGCGUGUGUUGGCCGCCGAACUGCCUUAGCUUCUUUACGGAAAAGCUGUGUUUAAUAUACGGCUCUUAGGCUAACGCUAGCUAGCACAGGCUAGCUGAGGUGUCGGUGGUUAGCAAGAUGAAAUAUUAUUAGCAGACUAGCUAACGUCAUAAAGCUAGCAAUAGUAACAUUUAAUUAUUAUUAAAUCUUUUUAACUUUAUCGAAGAAAAUCAACCGUCUGUUUUAAAGGGACGAGAGGAGACGAUUAGCUGGGUGGCUAACAGACCGACUAGCUAACCGUCCACACGGCUAACUUAGCUAGCUGUACGGAUUAUAACCACGUCGUCAGGCCUAAUGACGUUAGCUAGCGGAAACCGACUUAUAACACCGUUAUUAUGGCUCUUUUAUUUCACCACAAACACACAAGUCGAGCUUCAGUCUGUCCGUGUUGUGAAUUUUCUCUUUUACAGAAAGAUCUCUUUACUUUUCGUGGAUGAGAUUUGAAUUUCUCAUGAAUACGAAUGUUGUUAUUAUUGUUGUGUAAUAACAAACAAUCACAGGCAUUUACAACGUGACAUAUAAUGUGUUGUGUAUCACUGUUGUGUAGUGUUUAAUGGCCCUGAGUGUGUAAUCUCUGCAGUGUGUGUGUGUGUGUGUUUAUGAAUGGUGAAAACCUCUGACUGUAAAUGUUCCUUUACAGUACAUCAGCUAGUCAUUAUCUGAAACUUGUCUCGAUGUCCUGCUCAUGCUGACGUGUCUGUGCGUUUUCCUGUCCUCCUGACACGUCUGUUGUCACCUCAAAGGACAACCGACUAACGCAAUGUCCCAGAGAAAUCGCCACAAAUCACAUCAUGACGUCAUGCGAUCAUUUUUUCUAUUUGCAUAUCAUUUGCAUAUCAAAACCUUUAAGUAUACGAUAGUAUAUCUAGAGGAUAGAAUAUAAGUAAACGCUUUACUGUUAUAAAAGUAAUCGACGGUAGGAAGGCGCGAUGAAGCAGAGUCACUGUUUCUGCCUCGAUUGUCGAAUCCUUCUUAUAACAGAAGGCCGUCACAAAGCGCCUACGCUGGAGACUCCUUACGGAAACAUACGUUAACAUAAACGUCUCCCUACCAAUGACGAUUGUAAUCUGUUUACUGUCGGUUGCGUGUGAGCCGUACACGUAACUGUGAACGAGCUGUUGCUAUAGAAACGAUAAGGUAUCAGAUAACCUGAUCUACAGUCAAUGCUGCUGUUAGAGAGAAUUAAUCGACACCUGAACACCAAUAAGCUUUCAGAAUUCAGCAUUGCUUUGGUUUAACUUAUUUCUCAUAGAAUAAAGAAGUUUAUGGUGACCGAAGAACACACCGACUAUAUAUAUAUAUAUAUAUAUACAAUAUAAAUCAAGGGGGGCGGGGGUAUUGUAAAUAGUUAAAAUGCUUCAAAAUGUAACGCAGUAUAUUUUCAGUGUAACUAUUCUGUCGUUUAUGUUUACAUAAAAUGCUUGUGUUGAGAUGGGGGCUUGCUUCACGUCCAGCUUCACGGUACCAUAGGGGGUCUUGAAUGCGGUUUGUUACCCUGGCGUGGUGGAGUCAUGAUGGAAGACCAGAUAAAAACAGAAGACUCGUCCACAGAGGACGACGCCAAGCCCGGCAUGCUCCAGAAGCUCAAGCUGAACGUCUCUAAGACCGUGCAGAGUAAAGUGGAUACGAUUUUGAGAGAUGUGCAGCAGUUUACAGACAACGACAAACUCUACCUGUAUUUACAGCUCCCCUCAGGUCCGAGUGCAGGAGAGAAGAGCAGUGACACGAAUUCGGUGAACACGGCCGACCAGCUCCACACCUGCAACUGGAUUCGCAGUCACCUGGAGGAACACGCCGACACCUGCCUGCCUAAACAAGAUGUUUACGAGACAUACCGGAAGCACUGUGAAAACCUGCAGCAGAGGCCACUGAGCGCGGCUAACUUUGGUAAGAUCAUCAGAGACAUCUUCCCCAACAUCAAGGCACGCAGACUGGGAGGCAGAGGCCAGUCCAAGUACUGCUACAGUGGGAUCCGCAGGAAGACGGUGUUAAACAUGCCGUUGUUACCCAACCUGGACCUCAAGAACGAUCCGUCCGAGCUGACCGAGCUGGUGCAGACGUACAAACAGGAAGUGACGGAAGCGGCCUGUGAGCUGAUCUGUGACUGGGCUCAGAAGAUCCUCAAGCGCUCGUUCGACACGGUGGUGGAAAUCGCACGUUUCUUAGUGCAGGAGCACAUCGUAAACCCGCGCUGCAGCCAGGCCGAGCUCGUCACCUCCGCGUCGCUCGCCGGAGGACCUGCCAAACCUCACAAAGUGAUUAAAAAGAACCCGACGACGUCCAGAGGGAGCGCAGCAGAGGAAGAAAGCACGGGCCAAGACACUAAGAAAGACGAAAGCGAGCAGGUUGUGAAACAUCUUCCUAACGACAAAUCAGCUAAAGCUCCUGAGGUUGUGCGUUAUGGAGGCCGUGAGAUGCAGGUUGAAGCUCUGGUGAAGAAACUCCCUCAGCUCCGCCCUCGUGGCUCGAUUCCAGAAAAACCUCUCCUCUCCGUUCACGCCCCCGCUCCUGCCUUCACGCCGAAUGACUCUAGCAGCGUCCAAGUGACUCUGCCCAUCACCGUGGCGACGCUCUCGCCACAGCAACACGGCUCCUCCCACCAUCUCAUGAUCCUGCCUCCUUCGAUGGCCGUUUCCACAGCAACGCCGGUGACGACGGCAUCUAAAAGGGCCUCCGAUUCGUCCGCAGUGGGCCCAGGCCCACCAAUGAAACGCAAAAGGGGCCGACCCAGGAAGCAGAGACCAGAAGAAACGGUGGCUGCUCAGAACACCAGUCCGAAUCAGAACCUAAACCUGAAACCCAAUCAGAAUCUCGGUCUGAAUCCAGUGGUGCCGAAUAGAGGGGUGAUCCAGAAGGCGCUAUCGUCUUCCUCCUCGUCCUCGCAGGUGACGGAGUGUAAAGUCGAGGAAACCGAGUCGCGGCCCGUCAUGCUCCUGCAGGAACCGGGCCGAGCCUUGGUGAUCCAGCACGCCCCCAUGUCACGGGAAAGCCGCACCGUUAGCCAGGUGCAUCUCCCACCUCCCACUGAGGACAGGGGCAUAGUGAACAUCACGCUCACACCCAUCGACCCCUCGGCCACUGAAGACGACUCGGUUUGCAGCGUGUCCGAGACCAGCCCGGGGGAGGUCCCGUAACCGUCCGCCAAGUGUGUGUGUGUGUGUGUGUUUCGUCAGUGACUUCCGUGACUAACAUGUCAGAUUGUCCAGUUAAGAUCGUCAUGUCUACGUACCUUUGGGUUUUAUUCCCUUUGUUCCCUGAUGAUCUUCUGAGGUCCACAACGCACUGCAGUCGAUUACCAACCAUAAGGAGGAGCCACAAACCCAACGCACAGACGCAGUCCACCUUCUGUUCUUCUUUCAGGUGCCAAAAUUUACAGUUUAGCUGUAGCAUUUACAUUUUAUACCUGUUGCUAUGACGAUAUGGGACACAGCGAUAAGACAGCUAGGCUUCCCUGGUUUUUUUUUUUUUUUUACCCAACUGAAGCACUGGUACAAACCAAACAAGACAAAGAGCUACUUCACUGUGGGGGAAACGACGUGUUGGCUAAAUUAGUGUCACACUCCAGUGCAGACACCAAACACGUCCCAGCCGAGCGACGACGUCAUGACACACACAUUUUACUGUUGGCCGAAUUGUAGCUUUAAUGCACUUUUAUUACACAGUGAUGCAGACUGAGGACGAGGACACUGGCCCUGUGGCACCCUGACCAUCACUCUGUGUGUGUGUGUGUGUGUGUGUGUGUGUGUGUGUGUGUGUGUGUGUGUGUGUGUGUGUGUGUGUGUUAAAGUUGUGGAGGUGAUGUUUCAGUGCUAUUACGGGUUUGUAAAUCGAGGGCUUUUACAGCGUCUCUCUCUUCAACUUCAAACUGCAGUGACAAAGAUUUAAAUAAGCAUGCACACACACACACACACACACACACACACACACACACACACACACACACACACACACACACACACACACACAGAGACACACACACACACACAAACAGAGACACACACA